AUGGGAGAUAUUUAUAUGGACGAGUUUGGAGAAAACUUUGGAAUUGAUGAAUUUGCAGAGGAGGAAGAAUAUGAGGAGUAUGACGACGAUGAACAGCAUAGAGUAGCAGACGUCGACAUCAUCACCGACCCAGCUGAAUUCAAGGCACAAAUUGACAAUGCUCACAGAAUAACGAGCCCUUACUUGACAAAGUACGAAAAGGCGCGUAUAAUUGGGACAAGAGCUCUUCAAAUCAGCUUGAAUGCACCAAUCACGAUACCAAUCGAUUCUACAGAUGCUGGAGAUGAUGGUAUGCAUUCUGUGGGAGACUUUGGAGACACACAAACAGCUGCAAUUGAUCCGCUCAUUAUAGCGGAAAGGGAACUCUACCAGAAAACGGUCCCAUUUAUCGUAAGAAGAUAUCUUCCAAACGGAAGUUAUGAGGACUGGAGAAUUGAAGAACUCAUUAUCGACUAA